AUGGCGGAGCCAGCAGCACACCCUGUCCCACGGCUCCAGCGGAUGAGAAGCUCUUCCUUGAGCCACGAGAGCUUGUGGGGCUCACCAGAGGUUUGGCCUGCAAGGGAGGAAGUCCGGGCCCGCGUGCUUGUACUCAACACUGGAGGCACAAUUGGGAUGGGGGGCAGUGAGUGCGACGGAGGGCUUGCUCCUCAGGCUAAUAAAUUAGUAGAAGCCUUGAAAAAAAUGCCGAUGCUGCAUGAUGCAGAAUAUACCAAAUCAACAAAACUCUAUGAUUCCUGUGAAUUUCCAGAGGACACUUUGGUUCUUCCCCUUUCUAAAAGAAAGAAAAGAAUAAUUUACACCAUCCUAGAGUAUUCACCUCUGCUUGAUUCUUGCAACAUGACAACAGACGACUGGGCUAAAAUCGCCAGAGAUCUUGAGAAAUACUCUGCUGAGACCCAGUGUUCUACCUACUGUGAAGAGUGA